AUGGACUUGCCAAAUGUCUGUCCAGUGGUUGAGUUGGCACUGGUAGGCCACCAACAGCCGUGUGUCCAAGCCUUUAGUCGUAUGGUCAAGAUGUGGAAACAAGGCUGCACGAAGAGGAGAUGGUGCAUGGGCUAUGAGAGAAGGUCUGGCUACUACACAGUUUACAAGCAGGUGUACAAACUGGAGCAUCAAACUGUCUAUAAGUGCUGCCCUGGAUGGGUCCAACGUGACAACGAACCUGGCUGUUUGCACUUGCUGUGCACUGUUGGCACUUGCUUCAAUGGAGGGAAGUGUUCUGAAACUGGAUCCCAGAUGUGCCAGUGUCCUGCAGGAUUUCAGGGUCCUCGCUGCCAGUAUGAUGUAAAUGAAUGUACCACUGAGAAUGGUGGCUGUCAGGACCAGUGCUGUAAUACCAUUGGCAGCUACCACUGCAAGUGUCCAGCUGGCCAGAAACUGGAGGGAGAUGGAAAAUCAUGUGGAGAUGUGGAUGAGUGCAUGGUGGUGAAUGGUGGCUGCCAGCAGGGUUGUGUCAACACACAGAGCUCCUUCUAUUGCCAGUGCCAGGCAGGAUUCAGGCUGCACGCUGACGGCCGCACGUGCAUAGCCAUCGAUUCCUGCAGCGUUAACAAGGGAGGCUGCGAGCAGGAGUGCAUUCAGCUCAGUGAAGACCACUACAAGUGCCAGUGCCAGCCAGGCUACCAGCUGAAGAGGGAUGCCAAGUCCUGUGAAGCGAUAAACCCCUGCACAAGUGGGAAUGGAGGAUGCUCACAAAUCUGUCAGGAUGAGAGAGGGAUUGCCAAAUGAGAGUGUCAUCCAGGGCAUUGCCUUGCUGCAGACAAAAAGUCCUGUGUAGACAUUGAUGAGUGUGCAGAAGGGAGAGCCAGGUGUGCUCAUCGUUGUGUGAAUGCUCUGGGAUCCUUCACCUGUGUCUGUAAUCCAGGCUUCGAGCUGGGUGCUGAUGGAAAGCAGUGCUACCGCAUCGAAAUGGAAAUCAUCGACAGCUGCCAGGCCGACAACGGUGGCUGCUCGCAGCGCUGCCAGCACACGGCGGCAGGACCGCGCUGCUCCUGCGACCGCGGCUAUCGCCUCCACUCCGAUGGCAGGACCUGCGCAGACGUGAAUGAGUGUGAGACUGGAGAGUCCUGCUGCUCCCAAUUCUGCAUCAACUACGCAGGGGGCUACGAGUGCGCCUGCAAAGCAGGGUUCCAGCCCAGCGCCGACGGCUGCGCCUGUGACGAUGUGGAUGAAUGUCAUCUUGAUAAUGGCAACUGUGACCACUUCUGUGUUAACUCUCUGGGGUCGUAUGAGUGUGCAUGUAAGGAGGGUUACAGGCUUGGGGGCAACAGAAGGUCCUGCAUCGGUGGGGAAGAGGUGGAUGUGGAGGAGGCCACGGGGUUUGCUGGAACUCCAGGGCUGCGGUUCCGAGGUCCCCCUCAGCUCCUUCACUACGCCCGUGGCUCCCUCUACGAGGAUGAAGACCCACGAGGAGAGCUCACCCUGGUGCACAGGGUUGUUUGCCUUGAUAACACAUUUGGCAAUGACUGUAGCUUGAGCUGUGAGGAUUGUCUGAAUGGAGGCAGCUGCAACAGUGACCGCAACGGCUGCAUUUGCACACCCGGGUGGACUGGAAUUAUCUGUAAUGAAACUUGCUCCCCCGGGACAUAUGGCAGAGGCUGUGCCAGCGUUUGCAAGUGCCAGAAUGGAGGCUCCUGUGACCCCCUCACGGGGCAGUGCCGCUGCCCACCCGGCGUGCAUGGCAAGCUCUGUGAGGAUGGUUGCCCAAAAGGAUUCUUUGGGAAGAACUGUAACAAACCAUGCAACUGUGCCAACAAUGGCUACUGCCACAGACUCUAUGGAGCCUGCCUGUGUGACCCUGGACUCUAUGGGCGCUUCUGCCACCUCACCUGUCCCAGGUGGGCUUUCGGAGCUGGCUGCUCAGAGGAGUGUCAGUGCGUGAAGGAGCACACGCUGGAAUGCAGCGCCAGGAACGGGACCUGCACCUGCAAGCCUGGUUUUCAUGGCAAGAAGUGUCAGAAAGAGUGCAUGCCUGGCUUUUAUGGAGCUGGUUGCAAACUGAGGUGCAGCUGUCCUCCUGAUGCCUUAUGUGAUCAUGAGACAGGAGCCUGCAAGCAUCCAUGUCCACCUGGGUUUCAUGGAGAAAAAUGCCAUUUGUCCUGUCAGCCUGGGAGCUUCGGGGUGAACUGCCAGCAGAGGUGCAGCUGUGGAGGAGCACCGUGCCACCCGAAGACAGGGCAGUGUGUUUGCCCAGCUGGGAAGACUGGUGCUACGUGUGAGCAAGAUUGCCCAGUGGGAUGGUGGGGACCAGACUGCCAGUCCUCCUGUGAGCCCUGCACCAAUGGAGGCCAGUGCAACAGAGAAACUGGAGCCUGUGACUGCCCUCCUGGCUACACUGGGCCAUCCUGCUCUGCAUCCUGCCCUGAUGGAUCCUAUGGACCAAACUGCCUGCUGUUCUGCAGCUGUGGCAGCAGUGCUCAGUGUCACCAUGUCACAGGAGAGUGCAUGUGUCCCCCUGGCUGGACUGGCCACGACUGCAAACAGCGAUGCCCUGAGGGAAGCUUUGGCCUGAGUUGUGAGGGCAGCUGUCAGUGCCAGAACGGAGCUGCCUGCGACCACGUGAGUGGAGCCUGUACUUGCACAGCAGGAUGGACAGGAUCCUUUUGUGAAAGAGCUUGUCCAGAUGGAUUCUUUGGGCUCGACUGCCACCAGGUGUGCAAGUGUAAGAAUGCUGCUGGCUGCGACCACAUCGUGGGAACCUGCCGCUGCCUCCCCGGCUGGCGAGGAGAGACCUGCGAGCAGCCCUGUCCAGGGGACAGCUAUGGACCAGGCUGCAGUCCUCUUCGUCACUGUCACAGCAGAGCUCACUGUCAUCGUGUAAAUGGGAUGUGCCUUUGUAGUCCAGGGUAGAAAGGAUCCACCUGCCAGGAAGCCUGUCCUCAUGGAUGGUAUGGUGCAAACUGUCAGCAGCGCUGUGUCUGCCACGGCCAGGCAAUGUAUGACAGCAUGACUGGGGAGUGCCGCUGUCCCCAGGGCCGGACAGGGAUAACAUGUGAGCUGGGGGAUCUUCCCCAUCUCGUUUCAGAGUGUGGUGACAGGAGGUUUGGAGGGGGCUGUCAGCAGAACUGUAGCUGUCACCAUGGAGAUUGUGACCAGCAUUUGGGGAAAUGCAUCUGCCACAACGGCUGGACUGGGGACCACUGUGAUGUUGUCUGUCCUCCAGGAUUUUUCGGGGAGCGCUGCGAGGAGCAGUGUGACUGCAUGCAUGCCUUGUCCUGCCACCACCAAACUGGAGCAUGUCACUGUGAAAAGGGAUGGCGAGGGAGGCACUGUGACAAACCUUGCUUGCCUGGCCGCUACGGCACAGGCUGUGCCCAGCGGUGCCGAUGUCCUGCUGGUGUCCCCUGCCAUCACCUGACAGGCCAGUGUGGCUGUCCUCCAGGCUUCACUGGCUAUGGCUGCCAGAAAACUUGUCCACCAGGCACGUAUGGGAAGAACUGUAACCGAGUGUGUCAGUGCUCUGCUGAGAAUGAAGAGUGUCACCCAGUGACUGGUGUCUGUGCCUGCCACCCGGGGUACCACGGGGCCCACUGCCACCUCCGAUGUCCAAAAGGUACUUAUGGUUCAAACUGCCAAAACCUCUGCAAGUGCAUGAACGGAGGCCACUGCGACCCCACAGCAGGGACUUGUGAUUGCGCGCCUGGCUUCAUUGGAGCCGACUGUAGUCAAACUUGCCCUGAAAACCGAUACGGGAAGGACUGCGCCCAGUUGUGUGCCUGUGGUAAAGGUCAGUGUGACCCACGGACUGGCAAGUGUACCUGUCCUCCUGGCCAAAUGGGACCUGGCUGUCAGCAAGUGUGUCCCCAGGGACAAUAUGGCCCCAACUGCCAUCUCACAUGUACCUGUCAGAAUGGUGGCAUCUGUGACCACGUGGAUGGCAACUGCACCUGUGGGCUUGGCUGGACAGGCAGGUGGUGUGAGAAAGAAUGUCUGCCAGGAAAGUACGGGUCAGGCUGCAGCUUGGACUGCUCGUGCCAGCACAACGCCACCUGCGACAGGUUCACAGGCUGCUGCCAGUGCCCCCGGGGUUACUACGGCCACUCCUGCGAGCACAGAUGUCCCCUUGGAUUUUAUGGGCUCAACUGUCUCCAUGUGUGUGCCUGUGAAAAUGGAGCGAGCUGCGACACAGUGACAGGACAGUGCCUCUGUCCUUUGGGUUAUCAAGGUGUCCACUGUGAAAAAGGCUGUGACAAGGGAUGGUUUGGAGAGAGAUGCCGGCACCGGUGUGACUGUGGGGAUGCUCCUUGUGACCCAGAAACUGGGAAGUGCCUUUGCCCACCUGGGAAGACUGGAGACAAAUGUGACGUUGAAUGCAGGUCACACCAGUAUGGCCCCAACUGCUCCCUGCGAUGCCAGUGUGCCAGCAAAUCCCAGUGCAAUCCAUACAAUGGCAACUGUGUGUGCCCAGCCACGUGGAUGGGGCCAACCUGCAAAGAAGGUGGCCCUCCAAAGCUUCCUUUUUAUGAAGAGCAAACUCAAGAAAGAGGGAAUGUUUUUCCAAGAGCUCUACAACAGUAA